AUACAAUAUGGAGAGGUGGAAGGGGGAGGGGGGGAUAUAGGAAUAAGGGUGUUGUUGAGUCGCGAGUAUAAAUCAGAGCCUGCGGCUCAGCGUCUCCCGAUAAACACCACCAGAAACCUCCCAUCACUCCCAAAUACAACACAAUGCGUGCAUCUAUCGCUGCAGUCCUGACUGCUCUGCUGCUGGGCCAGGUCGACGCCGCCGGAGUCACGGGGACUGCCUUUGGCUUUGCAUCUGGAACCACCGGAGGAGGCAGCGCCGCCGCUGCGACGCCAUCCAGUCUCGCGCAACUCAAGGAAUGGAUCACCGACAAUGUCGCGCGCACCAUCAUGAUCGACCGCGAAUGGGAUUUCACCGGCGCUGAGGGCACCACCACCGGCAAGUGCUGCAGCACCAGCACAACCACCUGUUCCGGGGGUACCUCUAAGGGACAAGCCUGGAUCCAGGACACCUGCGACCAAGGCACCUGGAUCAGCUGCACCUACGACAAUGCCGCCAAGUCGCCCCUUAAUGUGGGCAGCAACAAGAGCAUCGUGGGGGUGGGCAGCAAAGGCGUCUUGAAGGGCAAGGGUCUGCGGGUGCGCGGAGGGAACUCCAAUGUGAUCAUUCAGAACAUUCACAUCACGGACCUCAACCCUCAGUACGUCUGGGGCGGUGAUGCCAUCACACUGGACGGGGCGGACAAGGUCUGGAUUGAUCAUAAAAAGUUCUCCCUCAUCGGCCGCCAGAUGAUCGUCAGCGGCUGGAAUGCGGCUGGCCAUGUCACCAUCUCCAACAACGAGUUCGACGGGGUGACCUCGUGGUCGGCCAGCUGCAAUGGCAAGCACUACUGGACGCUGCUCCUGCUGGGGGCGGCGGACUGGUACACUUUUGCCGGAAACUGGCUGCACGACGUCUCCGGCCGCGCGCCGCACAUGGGGACCGACUACGACGCCUCCAAGAUCUACUUCCACGGGGUCAACAACUACUUCCAGAACGUCGGCGGCCACGCCUUCGACGUCGACACCAACAUCUGGCUGCUGCUCGAGGGCAACUACUUCGAUGCCGUCACCACCCCGAUGACCGACAACUCGCUGACCAGGGGCGGCCAGCUGUAUACCACCACCACCGUCGCCUCGGCCAGUGACUGCCUCGCCCAGCUGGGCUAUCUCUGCGAAUGGAACCGCGCGAGUGGCUCCGGCACCUGGCCGGAUCGUACUGACAGCGCAGUCCUGGCCCAGUUCGCGAACUAUAAGCAAGACCUCAUCGGGCACACCGGGGUGGCGACUGUACCGGCGAAUGUGACUGCUCAUGCAGGUGUGGGCAGGUUGUAA